GGACCCUAUCACGGCUGACGACUUCGCACUGGCCGUGGACGCGAUCCACUCGACUUUGAAGGAAGAGUGUGGCGGUCACUUCGAGGCGGAAAAGUUCCUGACUGAGCCUACGGGGCGCGGCCCACAAGAACCCCUGACUGAUUACAUUGGAAGAUUCGAUGACUGGCUACGACGUUGCUCACUCGCAGGGACUCCGCUCACUGACGCCCUUAUCAUCCGCGCCUUUCGCCGUAAUUUGAAUGAUGAGAACUGCCAGGAGGCCUCCUAUGAGUAUCCCGGGACAUGGUCACGCUUUCGAGUCAAGGCUCUCACUCGCGCCGCUAGGGCCGAUGCUAACAGGGCGAGUAAGCCUCGCAACCCGCCGAAAGCAAUGGUCCCGACUGCAGCCG